AUGCUUGCUACAUUCUUACUUUCACCCUCAUUUUGUUGUGCACGAAGGCCCACUUUAUCUCGUCGAGUAUGGUCAUCAACAUCAUCAUGUGUAACAAAAGGCCGCAAAAUCACUACUUCAUCUAAUGCUACUCCUUCUUCCACCACAACCACGACAACAACAACAACAACUUCUUCCUCGUCUUCUUCUUCUUCAGCUGCAACAACAACAACAACAACAUCUUCCACAACACCUGUAUCGCUCUUUUGGAGAAGACGUUCAUCGCAUGACGGUGACAAUGACACUGAUCAAGUGGAGCGUGGCAUGUCGAAUCUGCUCAUACAGAGUACACCUGCACAACGCCCGGGACUUUUGGUACGACGACCUGUAUCAUUUAAGCGAGCUGUUCGAGUGACUUUGACGAUGGUAUUGGAUGGAAGAGCGAUCCUUCAAUGUUUAUCGACAAGCAACCGUACGAUGAUGGAUGAUGACGAUGAGCUUGUGCAAACGAUUCAAAGAAUGGCUCGACAAUACCAAGAGCACAUGCAAAGGAUCACGGUGGUACUCACGCACUUGAGACGACACGACAAGGCGCUACGAGUGCAAAUCAUGCACAAGACCACAUUACAUUUGACCUUACCAGACUCGUUAUUUUUCCCGCAUUCACCUAGCAAAGCAAGAGCAUGUGUUUGGUUGCAAGAUCUCGGCAUUCAACCUGAUACCCCAGGCUUUGAGCUUCAUGAAGAGACUUAUACUUCCACUUGUUCAAAACAAGCCAACAAUCCAGCAUCCUCUGCCAUCAUCGGCCCUGGUUAUUUCAAAGAUAUCCAGCUCUUCCUUGAUCAAGUCGAUCAUCUUAUUGAACGCAACAUGGCUUUCUCCAAUGCAUCAUCAUCAGCAUCGCAGAAUAAUAGGAUACCAACUUCAUCAUAG